GCAGAGGAUACCGCUGGAGGCCCGGAGCGGUGCACAUUGCUGGGAUGUUUUCCUAGGAGCCAGCCUUCUUUGUGUGCUGCUGCUGCUGAGUGGCAGGGGGAAAGAGGUAAAGCCCGGGGAGGACGACUUGUGGCGCGGCGGCACAGGGGAGUAGCAUGCCAAUUCCGGGGCAAGUACAAGUGAAGUGAGAAAGUUGUCGGUAGUGGUGGGACUGCCACAUAGAGCGAGAUGCCAGCGUCUGCUCCCGUCUAGCAGCAGGCAGGAGCUCGCCCUCCAGCUCAGCCCCCCAGAGUAUGGGAAACGGUAUGUGCUCCAGAAGGCAGAAGAGGAUAUUCCAGGCGCUCGCCCUCCUAGCUGUGGCCAUUGCAUUCGUCUAUGGAGCUCUGGUGAACUAUGAGCUGCAGAAGCAGCUGAAGAAAUCCGAAGGGCUGGCCAUCAAGUACCAGCAGCACCACGAGUCCCUGUCUGCACAGCUGCAAGUGGUGUAUGAACAUCGCUCAAGACUGGAAAAAUCUUUACAGAAGGAAAGACUUGAACUUAAGAAAGCAAGAGAAGAUCAUCUUGUUUAUAAGCUAGAAGCACAAGAGACGCUGAAUAAAGGAAGGCAAGAUUCAAAUACCAGAUAUAAUGCACUCAGUGUACAGCACCAAAUGUUAAAGAGUCAACAUGAGGAUUUAAGGAGGCAGCAUGGUGAGCUGCAGUCAGAACACCAGAAGCUAGGGGAAGAUCUAACUAAAACCUUUAGUGAUCACAAAGAAAAAUAUCUGCGGAUACAGCAAGAAAAGGAACAAGAGGUGUCAAAACUUAAAGAAAGCAUCUAUAACCUGAGAGAAGAGAACAAGCAGCUAAGGAAAGCUCACCAAGAUGUCCACACGCAGCUACAAGAUGUCAAGCAACAGCAUAAGAACUUGAACUCCCAAUAUGAACAAGUUGUAAUGAGCUUGGACCACCACAAGAGUGCGCUGGGUGCCGCACAGAAACAAGUAGAAGACUUUUUACAACUUAAAAAUGCUCUGAAUAAAGUGUCAGAUCUUCAGGAAGCAGGAAAAAGUACACCGCCCACUGUGCCUAGAAUAGGACCGUCCAUUUCAUCCCUGCACAGACUUAUCACAGGACAAGAAGUUGUAGAGCACAAUAAAUUACCACUGAUAAACAUUCAGGCUCAGCAUGAAGCUGGACAGGACGAUACAGUCACACUACGCCAGGCUGCUAAUGAAGAGGAUGAACAUCAGGACACAGACAGGACUGAACUUCACAAGGCAGAUGAGGACACUGGCCCUCCGCAGGAAGAUGGUCCGGUCACAGAGCAUCCUGUGGAGGUAGAAGAGGAACAUAAAAAAGAGCUGGAGGAGGAAGAGAUGGAGCAAGUGGGGAAGCCAGAACGCUUGGUGGAGGAGCAAGAUCAAACGCAGGAGGAACAAGACCAGCACAGGCAGUCAGAAGAUGAUCAGAAACCUGUAGGACGUGAAGAAGAAAGGGAGGAGGAGACCAACUUGCUGCAUGAACAGGAACAUGCUGAGAGAGAUCAGACCCCUAAGCCUCAAAUGAAAUAUAAAUCUGUCUACGAGGAACAGUUGGAGCAGCAGAAGCUAGCAGCUCAAAAACAGGAGCAAGCUAAACAUCUCCACCAGCAUCAGGAGUCGCUGCAGAAGCACAAGCUACAAGGACAUAUUCUGCGACAGCAACAGAUACAUACUAAUGACCUGGAGGUGGAGCGGCAAAAUAAAUACAAAGAGGCGCAGAUUGCAGAGAGGCUAAGGGAACAAGCUCAGUAUGAUAAUAUGGACAAUGAUAUUGUACAAGGAGAAGAAGAACAGCGUUUGCAAGAAGAAGCCGGAGCGUAUGAAAGGGACAAUCACCAAGAUGAAGCUGAGGAAGAAGGUGAUGCAGACAAAAAUGGAAAUGAGGAGCAGGCUACAGACCAGCAUGCUGAGGCUGCUCCAGAGGAUAUGAACCCUGCGAAUGAUCCCAAUAACCAAGGGGAAGAUGAAUUUGAAGAGGCAGAACAACAGCGGGAGGAGAUCGUACCAGAUGACAAUGAGGAGCAGCGGGACCAGGCAGAGAAACAAGAGCAUUUAGUGAUGGCUGGAAAUCCUGACCAGCAGGAGGAUAAUGUUGAUGAACAGUAUCAAGAAGAAGGAGAAGAGGAGGUUCAGGAAGAUCUAACAGAAGAAAGAAAAAGGGAAACCAAUGCAGAAGAACCUUAUGGGGAAAAUGAAGAAAAUGCUGUUGGAAAACAGAUUGGGGUAGAGAGGGAACAUGAAGAUCUUCAUAAAGAUCAUGGUGAUAAUCAUGAUGAAAAUUAUGAAGAAGAGGAAGAGGAGGAGGAAGAUGGAGCAGCUGGAGCAAAAAAUAAAAGGCGAGCCGAGAUGUGAUGCUCUACAGGACUCUAGCACACCAUGUACCAUUGCAAAUUCCAAGCUGGCCUUUUUAUGUCGUAUUCUUUUUGUAUUUUCAUAUUAGAAUCAAUGACACUUUUAUAUAAAGCUGUAUUUUAUUAUAUGCUACUUCUUUUAUUAACGUUAAGCUUUAGCAAAAUUGUAAUGCACAACCUUUAAAAGCCAUGUCAAGCAGCUCUCUUGUGGUUGGAGUACUAAUACAUACAAGAUUAAGGUCUCCUAUGCACAACUACAUGGUAGUACUGAGUAUUGCCAUUAAUUAGAUCAGGACAUGCACCUUGUUUUAGGGCAGUAGAAUUGUUGGUAUUGUGCCUUAUGUUCCUUCUUAUGAGAGGGAGUACAGAAUUUCACCUGCUAUAUUUAUUAUGUAUAAUACAUGCGGUAAUCAAGGUAAUGUAACGUAACCGUUAUGGCAGCAACAGUGAUGUCUAGAGAAAUUUAGUUUGAAAUUGCUUAAAACUGAUGAAAUGAUGACCGUGUUAUAAAAAGUAGCACAAAUUAAAAGUGAUGAUUUUUUUAAAGGGUUUCUGUCACUUGAAAAAUGGGUAUUAAGCUGGCUGACAAACAAACUUUGAUAAUAUACUAAUUAGCCUCUAGGGUGGCGUUAUCCCUGCUCCUAGAGGCUCUG